UGGAUACCCAGGAUCUGUUGUCUGCUUAUGUAUUGGUUUUUCAUGAUGCAUGAUUUCUGGUAAGGAAGAGCUUUGCUUUUCUGAUGACUGCCUCACCUUGAUGCUGCUGCUAGCAGGAGUUAGUAGUUUUCAGGGUUUUAUUUCCCUUGCCCACCUCAAAGCCUCAGUCCAAGGCAGCUUCCCCUUUUGUGGUGGGUUGAGUCUGGCCACAGCUAAGUAUCUUCGCAGCUGUGCUCUCACUAUUCUAUGUGAGAGAAACUUUAUGGGUCAGGAUAAGGCAGAGAAACAUGACUGUGUGCUCCUUAUCCUUCUGAAAUGCUCUUUGCAUUUCCCCAGUAAACAGAAGUGGUUUCACAUGAAAAAGCUGAAACUCUGAUAAAGAUGCAAAAUUUUCAAGGGAGGCAUCAGCCUCCUUGUUGCAAUGAGUCGGGAAGGAGGAGGAAGCAGGGGAACACCUUCUAAGUGAGGUGUCAGUGGCUUGGGAGCAGCAGUCCCAUACAAGGCAAAAACUAAGCUUUAUACUCUAAAGGAAUCAAGACUUCUGCUGUGUAACUAGUGGAUUUCUUCUGCAAACAUUUGUCACUUGACAUGGCAUAUCACAGAAGAAUUCUCUUUUCCUUCAGACAUAGAAGGAGAGAUCACAAGUAGUAGAUCCUGUGUUUGUACAGGAUGCUGAGCUGGUCACUCAAGCAGUUAAGGCUACAUAUAGGUCCUGGGGCAAGGAAAGAUGGAAACACUCCUGCUGAUUUUCAUACCAGAUUUGGUAAAUAUUUAGGUUCAUGCCCUGUUGAAAGUAUGUGAACAAAAUCCCACCAUCCUUGAUGGAUGAGUGCUUGCUUGUCUGAAUUUUUUUGUGAGCAAGACCGCUGUGAUUCCAGAAACGCUGUUCUUGACAGAAGUUGAAUAUUAUCUUGGGGGCUCUGCCUCAUCUUUGCAGAAUAGGUCUAAUUUGAGAGUAACUGGAUAUAAAAGUGCAGAAAUCUGAAGUAUUCAGUCACAGGAGCCUGCUGCUUUGUAGGUCAUGGGGGAGUUGAGAAAGAAAAACAGAAUGAGACUGAGCAGAAACAUGUUAAGGAGGAGACAGAAGAGGUGGUGUCCCUCAGGAAAAUGACAAGAAUCCCUCAGAUUACCUGUCUGGGGGGUAAGAUUGGGUUUUUUUGACUCAAUAGAUCUGUUGGGACUGUUUCAUGUUGUGAUAUAUAAAAUGGUAAAUUGAAUGCCAAGGUUUUUAGCCUUCUCAAAGGGCAAGGAAGCAAAGUAUUUAAUAUAUACAAUUUUUUUCCUUCUGCUUACUGCUUUUAGCUAAAUGCAUGUUGCUAGAUUGGCAAAAAAAAAAGUGCAUGAUGAGUGUGCAGAUAUAAGUGAUUAAUUGCAUUGCAUGAUGCUCGAGAAGGUGAAUGUUGAUACAUAGUGCUGCUCAAAAGUCUUGGGUACAUUGAUACAUAGUGCUGCUCAAAAGUCUUAGGUCCCCAUGCUGUUCUAGUUCAUGUGGCCUUUCAGUUUCUCAUCCAAAUGAAUCCCCAGUGUCCAAAAUAGCUGUUCUUCAGUCCAGAUCUGCCAUAGGCUGUAUCCUGAUGUGUCAAGCUGGUAGAUCACACUUGAAUUUGGAUGUGAUCUUUACCUGUGUAGUACAUUUAUGUGUCCUAGCUAGGCUGUGGCUUGGAGAUGAGAACAGAAGCCAGUUUCAUGCUGCCCAAGCUCUAGCUGAGGUUAUGAACCUGCUCCAUGAAGCGUAGACUCUAACCAAGACAUUGAAGGGGUUUCAUUUUGUACUUUGGAAAAAGAUGGGUGCCACACAGCCCCACCCUGGGAGGUGCUGUGGUGGGACUCCAGUUUGGUCAUCCUGACUGCUGUUAAAAUCCUUGGCUGGUCUGUUUUGUGCCUUGUGGAGGGAUGGGAAUGUCUUGCACCACUGAGCAGGACUAGGAUGAAUGCCAGAAUAUAUUGGUGACUUCAGCCUGGUGGAAGACCCAGUUUGGCAGCUGUGUGAAAGUCUCCAAGCAGUUUAACAGAUUUGUGUGCAAAAUACUACUUAAGUAUUCUUAACUGUUGCUACCUGUAACCUAGUUGGUUGGAAUCACUGUUCAGAGAGCCAACUUUCCAAGAAGGAGUGGAAAGAGGACUCAACUUUUUAUUUUCACCCUCCUGCCUCUAAUUUUUCUUGGCUCUAUUUUAAAACCUAGCAGAUUGAAAAUAAAAAAUAAAAAUCCCGAGACCAAUAGGCUCCACUUGGCAAAGGUCAGCACUGAAUUUUUCUGUUGGUCAGGAUUUCGUUGGAAAUGCUGCUGAGGGCUGUAAAGAGGGAAGAACUGAACUGGAGCAGCUGCUGGAGAGAGCUCCUGCCAUGUACCAUGGGCCAGGCUCAUUCCUGAGGCACUCCCCGUGGGGGCUGUGUUUUGCUGCUGGUUUUAUCUGUGUAUCUUAUGGUGGGGAAUGAAUCCAGGCAUCCAGUUAAUUUUUUGCUGCUAUGAUUGCUGAUCAUAGUCUCUUCUUGGUGGCAAUGUGUGCUGUUGGCGUGGGUCCCCUAUAGCUGUUUAUAGCAGCAAUCCAGGAGGUUAAGAGAGACUUAGUGCAGCUCAUGGAGUUACCAUCUAGGCAUGUUUAACCAAAAAUAUAGCAAGAAGGCCUAGAGCUUUGGCUACUAUUGCCCAAUGUCCUGAAAGGCUUGCAGAGGACAUGAGAAAGGAAGGUGGAUGGUUGGAUGGAUGCUCACUUAGGGAGAAACUUCUCGUACAUCAAUCACAGCUGCCAGCCUGGGGUGAGAGGGUUUACAUGCUGGCCUGGCCAUUGCUGGGUGCAUGAUGCUCAAUCUUGCUUUCUUCUUUGGGCUUUGGACUAGGUUUUAGGCUAAACUUCUCUGGCUUUGAGUCUUCUGCAUUACCUAGGUGGUUAGAUCCAAACCAUUCCCUUUCUGCUUUCCACCCAUCUCUAACAGCAGGGUGUCACCAGCUUCUGAAACUCUCUUCUGAAAAUGUAGUAGCGUGUCUUUGUGCUUUGUAAAAGAGCUACCUGGUCAGGCUCAGGAAAGAACUACAGAAACCAGUGUAUUAAUAACCUAUUUGAUAAACUUGCCCAAAUAUUUAUUUUCUUCUAUAACUGGCAAUAAUCCAGAGAGAGAUUGGAUUUGUCGUCAAUUUCUGAAAUAACUGUGGGAGGUGAUAAACUUUUGUCUCUGUCCCUAAAGCUUUGUGGCUCAGGGCUGCUACACCAAGAGCCUCUGAGCUCUGAGGCUAAGCACUAUUAGGAUUGGGAGGAUUGCUAUCUGGUGGGAGGGAUGAAGAUGAAUCCCCUUCACUCACAGCUUGUGGCAGUAGUAGUCUUACUUCCAGGAAUAAUUAGUGUAUAAAUACAGUCUGAAUUUUGGUAAGUGGCAAUGGGCCUGAAGUGUGACAGGCUGUAGUGCAGGAGAAUCUAGGAGAUGAGUCAAAGCCCCUAAGGCACACAGUGAAUAAAAAAUGAACAAAAUUCCAAAACACCAAGACAAAACAAAAACCCUCUCACUGAAUAGAAGAGAGAUCCUAGACUGGGAAACACAGUUUUGAUCUGAAUCCAUGUUGUCCCCAUAGAGAUUUGUAGCAGGCUUCAUUAGUCUCAUCUCACUGCUUACUCUAGGAACUGGUUAUUUUAAGAACUGCUUUUCCAACGCUGCUGCAAUAUGAUAAACUCUUGUGUACUCUUACAUGCAUUGCAUGGCAAAGUCUGUUUUAUCUUGUGUGCAAUACACAUUUAACCCAAUUUUUAGACAGACCUUAGCUCUCUGUCUUAACACAGUUCAGGAUAAAUCACAGGUAGAAGGCUUAAAGAAAACAUGAAAUUUUAAUGUUUAUUUAUAAUAGUCAUGUGGUCCUUCCAAUAAGAAAGAAAAGAGGUGAAGAUUUUAGGGGGAGGAAUUCCAUGUGUUUAGAGCUGGGUGUAUGAUUGCUGUAAGGGGUUAGACUGAUCUGAGGAUUUUAAGUAAGCUUGCUGCUAUUCUGGCUACUUUUUUUUUCCCCUUCAUCCUUCCCCAAAAGGAGUUUUCCAGAGAUACAUAAAAGUUUACCCUUCAAGAACUGGCUUUAACAAGAAACCGCAGCUCUAGAUCCAAGCUACCACAGUUACUCCUCCCUAUGUGUGGAAAAGUGCAGAGCUCUGCCAUUAUCUUCUGGAAUGCCAGGACACUGGGGGCUGUGUCUGCCAGACACCCCAGCGUGCAGACUCUGCACGUGUCCCCAGCAGCUGUGCCCAUGUCGGAAGGGCUGCUCUACCUGCAGUUGGUUGUUCAGCUGUGACUCACCCUUAUGGCGUUCACUGGCCGUUUCUGUGGUUUUGGCUGCUUCUGCAGGACUUCCACUGACCAGCCCAGUACUAAUUCAUUUAGUUUUAAUCUGUAAACAUUUGAUUGAUAAUCAUGAAAGAGCAAUAUAAAAGCCUGUGCUCUGUAUGGAUUAAAAGAGCAGACAUGUUUAUAGCCUGAUAACAACUGAGUAAUCUGGCAAAGAUCAGGAGUCUCACAUUCCCAUAUCCAGAUGAUUUUAUUUUUGGAGUCCAGUUGGUGGUUUUCAUUUUUGGCUAUUGCAAAACCAUCAUAGGUCUUAGCUGUUGCAACACAGGAGGAGGAGGAGGAUGAUGUUGUUGGAACGGACGUUCUGCGCUCUUAUUUAGGAGGCUUUCACAGUAGUUGCUGGUCUCCGAGUACAGCGGGAGGAAUGAUGCUCCCUCCUUGCUGCCUGGUGAGGGGGACAGGGUGCAACUGUUGUCACUUAAUAGUGCCAGCUGUGAGGGGCAUGGACAAGCUCCAAUGACAUUUCUGCUCCGCCCCAGGAAGAGAAGUGCUGAGGUGAGGAGCGGGAGGAUUGUAAAGUGGAGCCCUAUGGAGAGGAGGAGGGGUAUCCUCAAGACUUUAACCAGGAAACGGACUCGAGGCAAAAAGAAAUGGAGAGGUGCUGAUGCUAGCUCUGAACCCAUGAUCCUGGAGCAAUAUGUGGUGGUGUCCAACUAUGAGAAGCAGGAGAACUCUGAGAUUAGCCUCCAGGCUGGAGAGGUCGUGGAUGUCAUAGAGAAAAAUGAAAGCGGUUGGUGGUUUGUGAGCACAGCAGAGGAGCAGGGAUGGGUCCCUGCUACAUACCUGGAAUCCCAAAAUGGAACCAGAGAUGAUUCUGACAUCAACACAUCUAAAUUUGGGGAAGUUUCUAAGCGACGCAAGGCUCACCUGAGGCGCCUGGACCGGCGAUGGACGCUGGGCGGGAUAGUCAACAGGCAGCAGAGUCGAGAAGAGAAAUAUGUCACUAUCCAGCCGUACGCCAGCCAGGGCAAGGAUGAGAUUGGGUUCGAAAAAGGGGUCACCGUGGAGGUCAUCCAAAAGAACCUGGAAGGAUGGUGGUACAUCAGGUAUCUGGGCAAAGAAGGCUGGGCCCCAGCUUCAUAUCUGAAGAAGGCUAAAGAUGAUCUUCCAUCUAGGAAAAAGAACUUAACUGGGCCAGUGGAAAUCAUAGGAAACAUCAUGGAGAUCAGUAACCUGCUGAACAAGAAAUCAUCUAGUGACAAGGAAGCUCAAGUAGAAAACGAGUCUGCAGAAACUCACAUCACCAAGAAGGAAAUUAGUUUGCCCAUCCUGUGCAAUGACUCUAAUGGCAAUGCUAUGAUGACUCCAGACAAGCAGGCUUCCAAACUGGCCCAGGGAUCCCCAGCCAUAGCAAGGAUAGCACCACAAAGAGCUCAAAUAAGUUCUCCAAAUCUAAGAACAAGGCCACCCCCACGAAGAGAGUCCAGUCUGGGUUUUCAGUUACCCAAGCCACCAGAGCCACCCUCCGUGGAAGUGGAAUAUUACACCAUUGCUGAAUUCCAGUCAUGCAUCUCUGAUGGCAUAAGCUUUCGUGGAGGACAAAAAGCAGAGGUUAUCGAAAAGAAUUCUGGAGGCUGGUGGUAUGUGCAGAUUGGAGAGAAGGAAGGAUGGGCUCCAGCAUCUUACAUUGACAAGAGAAAGAAACCGAAUUUGAACAGAAGAACCAGUACUUUAACCCGCCCAAAGGUUCCUCCCCCAGCACCUCCCAGUAAACCAAAGGACUCUGAAGAAGGAACAACUCCUGGAGCAGUUUCUUCAGGAGAUACCCAGGACUCUCCCCACAAGCUGAAAUACGAAGAACCUGAGUAUGAUGUACCUGCCUUUGGCUUUGACUCGGAGUGUGAAGUGAGUGAAAGUCACCAUGAAGAGGGCACUCCUGAAAAACGACUGUUUCAGCCCCUCAAGCCCUCACCUGUGUCAUCACUUCAGAAAGCUAAGUUCAAAGUAGGAGAGUCUUCAGAAGAAGUCGCUCAUGAAGAAGAAACCAUCUAUGAGAACGAGGGGUUCAGGCGUUAUGUAGAAGAUGCUUUGUCCAACAAGGAAUCUAGUGGGGAUUCUGAUUCUCAGAAAAGCUCCUCUCUGUCCUUGAUCCGAAGGAAUUCUCCAUCUUCCAGCUCUCCGAAAUCAUCACUCGUGAAGCUCAAGACAGACAAAAACAUUCAGCCUGAUCUUGGAAAAUGUCACUAUUCCAGGAGUGAGGAGACAAAACCAAGAUCAGCUUCAGAUGUCGGCUUACGUAGCGUGCCAAGAACAGGCAUGAAGAAAGAUCCCGGGCAGAGUCCUUCCAUCAGAGCAAAGCCAAUUGUUAGGCCCAAACCGUUCCUGAACAAGGCAGACUCUCAGAGCCAAGAAAAGAUGGAUAUUAGCACUUUAAGGCGUCAGUUGAGGCCAACUGGGCAGCUCAGAGGUGGACUCAAAGGUUCAAGAAGUGAGGAGUCUGCGAGCCCCCCACGCACAGCUUCUGCAAGCCAGGAUGACCCUGUUCGGAGAAGCUCGGCUGAUCUCAUCACAGCUCCUUCCCGUGGCGUCUUCUGCUCCAGCCAUACUGCCAAAACUGAGCAAGAAAAUGACUCCAGGUGUUUCUAUGUGACCACUGACUCAUACCAAAAGGUACAGGAUUCUGAAAUUUGCUUCCCAGCAGGAGUAGAAGUGGAAGUGCUGGAAAAGCAAGCCAGUGGAUGGUGGUACCUGAAGUACGGAGACAUGGAAGGCUGGGCUCCUUCCCAUUAUUUGGCUCUCCCUGAUAACCAGCGAGAAACUACAGCAGCAGAGACUGAUUCCUCUUUUGCCAGGAACAGGAAAAAUGAAAACAAGUCAAACAGUUUAGAGAAGAUAGAGAAGAGGGUUCAGGCUUUGAACACCAUCAACCAGAGCAAACGUGCAACACCACCCAUCCCAAGCAAACCUCCUGGUGGCUUUUCCAAAGCAUCGGGGCCAGUGAAAAUGAGGAAUGGUGUGAGGCAGCUUGCUGUCCGUCCGCAGUCAGUGUUUGUGUCUCCACCACCAAAGGAUAACAACCUGUCAUGCUCCUUGCGCAGAAAUGAGUCUUUAACAGCUACAGAUCAGCUUAGGACCGUCCGUCGGAAUUCCUCCUUCAGCAACGCGUGGUCACAGCCCGGUGACACGAAGGGAAAGCAGCCAGAGCGGCUGGGCACAGAGAGCUCUGAGACCACCUCCAACCUCCCCACGCAGAGGAAUGGGAUCCCUGUGUCCACAGUCAGGCCAAAGCCCAUUGAGAAAUCCCAGUUCAUCCACAACAAUCUCAAGGACAUCUAUGUUUCCAUUGCAGACUAUGAAGGGGAUGAGGAGACUGCGGGGUUUCAGGAAGGUGUCUGCAUGGAGGUGCUCGAAAGGAACCCAAACGGCUGGUGGUAUUGCCAGAUAAUGAAUGGUGUGAAGCCAUUCAAAGGCUGGGUGCCCUCAAAUUAUUUGGAGAAAAAGAACUAAUGUUGCAAUAUCUUUAACCUCCCUAAUUUAUACUGUUCCUGCUGUGUACAUGUGGAAAAAACAAUUGCUACACAAAAAGACGUUUCCCUGUGCUCCAGUUUGUACAAAGGAGUCUAUAUGAGGACAAAUCUGCCAUGUUCUGGAGAGGUUUGUGGGGUUUACAUGUUGUAAAGCAACUACGAGGAAGAUGCAGCAUAGUCAAAUGCCUUUUUGUGAAGUUGUUAAUAAUCUUGUAUGUGUAACAGGGUAUGACAUCCCAUCCUUCCCAUUAUUGAUAGGAAACCAAAUGUGUGCCUUUUGUGAGAGAAAUACACAUGCAUCUACCUGGGGAGUUCUGUGCCAAACUGUUUUACAAUCUUGGCUCCCUUUCUCCUCAUUUUUGUCAAUACGUGGAAUACCCAAGAAUUUUGGAUGCUUUUCCACAACUUAAAGUGAGAAGCAAAUGGAAGUUUCUGAAACACAGAGGGACUCUAAUCCUUUGGAGAUGUUCACUUUUUUUUUACUAUACUCAACAGUUGGUAGGUCCAGAGUUGGAGCCUUUUCAUUGUGGAGAGUUUUGGUCUCUGACUUCAGUGUUGUUACGGCUAACUCACCGGAAAAGGCCAUCAGGUGGUGUGGGUUGGGGGCUUUUUGUUUCCUUUCAUUCUGUCUUGUUCUUUGAGUUGGGAUUUCAGGUGUUCAAGGGCAGUGAUGCCUACUGGUGCUUGUAAAAACAAACCUACAAACCCCUUGCUUAAACACGUCUAUUACUGUGUAGGCUUCAUGUUUGGUUCUGUGCCUGACUCCUGCCAGGUGACACUAGUUGAUUCUCUUCCCAAGUUGGGUUUCUCAAAAGUUAUCAAAGUCAACAAAGUCCCUUAAGACACUAAAGACAAAGCUGUCAGAUGUGUUAAUUCUUGUUUUGCCCUCUGGUCCAAAUCCAAGGGUGCUGAUUGCUGGCAGGGCCCACCAAGAUAUUAGUGAGAAAAAUUUGUAACCUUCUGCAAUAUCAGUGUUUACAAUGAGUUGAAAAAAAAAAAAAAAGCCAUCAAACUCAGUCUGCACAUAAUUUGUAUAUUUUUGAGGAAUUGCUUUUGUGUUUUGUGUUUGUCUUUUCUGUGCAUUCUGGGUUUCUGUAUUUUUUUAGUGUGCGUGUCUAGUUUUACCAGAAAACACUUACAACUGAAGUAGGAGCUAAAUAUGUGUUUCUGUUCCCACUUGAAUCCAAAGAGUACAUUUGUACUGGAAAGUGGACCUGGGCUUCUCAUGCUCAGAGAUUUCAUAUCAAAGCAAUUUGGUCUACAAUGUAUCUAACCAGGAAGCUGCCUCUUCUAGUUCCAGUUCUGUUUGCCUUUUGCAACUCGUGUUUUGAAAUGUGGCACACGGUGUGGGUGGUGUGGGAAGUGGAAGAUGUACCCAUCAGAAGAGGCUAGGAACACGGAGUUAUUCUUGAGGUAGCCUUGUACUGUAAAUAUAAUUUACUAAAUCCCUACUGUGCUUAAGGAAGUCAUGCUUGGGGGUUUCCUUAAAUGGCAUUGUUAAUCAAUCAAGAUCAGUAUCUAAUUCCUUUAAAUAAUAGGCAGCAUUGUAAAUCUGUUCUAAGGGAGAGUGGGGUGGGGGGAACAGAAGACCAUUUCACUACUGGUUUACACAAAGCAUUACAAAGCAUUUACACAUGUCCUUUUUUCCACCAGAGUUUCAUACUGAUUUGGCUUGGAAGUUAAACGUUAUAAAGACUUCAAAAUAGCUGGGAUCAAGGGGCUGAGUAAAACAGCACAACAAGACCAUAUGUUACUGGGGAUGUUUCACUGCCAAAAAAAAAUUAGGAAAUUUAUAUGUUAUUCUUGUCUUUUUCCUUUUUUUUCCCUUUUUUCUUUUUUUUUCCUUUUUUUUUUUCUUUGUGUGUGUAUGUGUGUGUGGUUUGGGGGUUUUAUUAAUUUCCAUGAUAACACUGAGAGAGUUGCCUACAGCUAGUGUGGCUGAUGUCCUUUUGGUAGCUGAGACAACAUCCAGGUGCCACAACUACAGGCUACGAACAGUGCUGUGGUUCCAGCAGCUCUCUGCGUGCAGGUGGGGAGGGGAGGCUGUGUGUUUGGGAUCCCUUUAAAUUGUGGUGGCAGGAGAAGGAGGUGUAACUGCGCAACAGCUCUUAUCCCGGUGCGGGGUCCUCUUUGUACCUUGAUGUCUCACCAUGCGAUGUGUAAGUGCAUGUCCAGUUAGCUUCAUCUCACUGGACGUGUGCCUGAGACAUUGUGGCCCUGUCUCUCAUACUUCUCCCCAUUUUUAGUUGUACUAAUAUGGUAGCAGCCAUAAAAGACUGCUGGAGCUGUUGUGAGAUUAUAAUAGAAGUAUUAUAUUCUUCUGCUGGACAGUAUUAAAUAGAGCAAUACAUAGAGUUAUCUGCUAGAUUGCAGUACUAAUAGUAGUGACUUAGUGAUUCGUAUUAAUGUUAUGAUUUAUUUUAACAAUAAUGAUGCGGAAGUGGUUCAUUAUUUUGAAUUAAUGCACUUUAACAAUAAAAGAAACCAAAGUGGAAGCCAAUGCAGAGAACUAAGUGCAUUAUUUAAAGGUGCAGUAUAUAAUUAUCAUUUUCUUGAAGCACAUAUUUAUUAAGAAUUAACUUAUUAUUUAAAAUAUUCUAAAGUUUUGUUUAAAGACAUUCCCACUAGGUCAUCUCUUUGGGGGGAUGUAAAGCACAGCUCCCAGAUCUUCUGCAUUGAGCCACUGAAUUCUCUGAGUCUGUUAUGAUCUGACAUGAGCCCCUGUCCAAGGAGGGGAGAGCAGCAAGGAGAGAGAAGAGCUCUGACUGCUGGAAAUACUCACAUUUGCAUCCAGCAAAGCCAAGCCCUGGGCUCCUCUGAACUGCAGGAGUCCUUGCAGGGUGUGGGGUGGCACAGGUGUUCUUGGCACAGUUCCAGAGCCUGGCUGCUGGCCCCAGUGGAUGCGAGUUCUCAGUGAGGUUCAGGUUAGGAAGCCUCAGGAUCUGCCUGAGACAGGCAUUCGUCUGUCCCACAGCUCCUGUUCCAUCUUGCUGGCUUGCUUCUCCAGCUCUGGCUUUUGCAGGGAAGUGGUUUGCAGUGCUCCAGCAGGGCAGGAUCGCAGUGCCUGCAGUACAGCCAGGAUUUUCUCAUGCAGCAGCUCCAUGGCUCAGUUGGUGCUUUAUCCCAUCCUAAAGGCUUCACGCCCUCCAGAGGAGAGGCCAGACCCUGUAGAAGCAGAGCCACACUUGUGGCCUCCCACUGCCCUCACCUCUACCAGCAAAAAGGAUGGGGUACAGAUGGCCUGCUUGGUGCCAGAAAUUAUUGUUGGCCACCACUUGGCAUGCUGGCUUCCACCCUGGUGGAAAAGCUUCCAUUUGGGCUUCCCUUCACUUGGUAGUUGUUUUGGCUGCUUGUGUUUAAAAGGGCACUUUUAAAACAAAUACUCCCAAUGCAAUUUUCCCCACUCCUGUCUUACCAUUGUCAUCAUCUCUCACUGAGGUGUUCUCUCUUUUUUUUGAUGCUUUCAACUGAGAGAUAUCACAAAAAUAAUUAUUUUUUCCAUCGGUGAGCAGCUAGUUUUGGUCGGUUCUACUGAUACCUGAAAUAGCAAGCCCUUCACUCUUAGCUGUGAAGCAGAGGGAAAGGCCCUAAGCUACAUCAGCAAAGCUGACUGCAGGGCAGGAAAACCUGGCAGAGUACUCAGAGGGCAGUGUAGUGCUAGAAGUGUUUUAGCUCUUUUCUAAAAAUGUUAGCGUUGCCUUUUAUUUGCUAAAUUGUCAGAACUGACACUGGAUCAAGAGCAAUAUUUAAAUGUAAUGUACACCUCAGUGAACACUCAAUGCAGAAAUCAAUAGUACUGUUUAAAUUUCUCUUUCAGAUUGGUAAGAGGAAGAGUCUGCAGGGCUUGAGGAAAGCCAUUUGCAGCUGAAGGGGGCCCUCCUCUGGGGGCAGAGGCGGCUGCUCAUGCUGUCUUGCUCUCACCCACUCUCUGUGUUUUCCAAAAAGUCUUGAAUUUGGACCAGCAGAAAUUCCAAACUCCAAUGCCAGAGAACAAAAUUAAAGAAUGUGAAAAUUGUGUCUUGCUGUAUACUGCAACUUUAAUAAUAAUGAGCACUUCUGAGUUCGUUAUUGAGGUUUAUAUAAUGCCUGAAAUGUUUAUUUGCUGGUUUCCCUUGUCUCCCCUUUCAAAACACUUUCUCAUAACAGCAAGAGUCAUGCAUUUUGUUAGGAGUCCUUCCCCAUGGGAGGCAAUUCCUGUUCAUUGUUUCAGCUGUCACCCCAUGCAAUGGGUGAGUGAAGUCCUACACGUACCAGUCCUUUGCAAGCCACACCUUUCAAGAUAAAAGAGAUGAUGGGCACAUGUUGGGGUACUUAACUGAUGUGUCAACAGGAAGUUUUUUAAUCGGUGUAUUCGAUAGUAGCAAAUACACAAUAAGGAAAGAUUGGGAUUGUCUUGCAGCUAGACUCUUCAAAAUGGAAAUUCACAUCUGCAUGGGUAUAGCUGAAAAAUGCAUUUGUCCCUUGUGGAUGUGUACCCCAAAGACUCCUUCCAUUAUGAUGCUAUAAAGUUUGACGAAGGCAUUAUAUAAUUGUUUUCAUCACUUUCAGAUCUUAAUGAAUCAUAUUUUAUUGUAAUAUAUAUUCAUUGCUUUCCUCAGUUAAAAAGAAAGUUACUGCUUUUAUCUUAUAUGAAAAACAAGGGAAUUUGAUAAAGCAUUCAUUAUUUUCAUAUUACUAGUAUUAACAGAUUAGAACUAGUACUAUUUAAUUUUAGAUCUUCAUAGCUAGCUUGUUAAUAACUCAUAAUUUCCUGUGUUAUAUCCUACUAUUUUUUCUAUUUUUUCCCAAAUAUUCUGCAUUCUUGAGAAAAAGCAAAUCCAAUGAGUGGAUAAGUGCAAUAUUCAUAGAAUAAACAGGCCCCUCAUCCAGGACUUGGAGUGGAACGUGCAGUGUGAAAUGUUUGCAAUUUUCUAUUCAUGCACUCUUAGGGAAGGGGAAAUUCAGGGGAGGGGGCAACUGGAUGAAAACAGGACCCUUGGGUAGGUAGAGACUGACAGCUGGGAUGGCUUGGGUUGGGAAUGGCUGCUUUCCAUAAACAAGUAUCACCUGGUAGUGGAAGUAUAAGGAUUAUGAUGCAUGUUGCCAGGAUUAUGUAUAGAAUGUGCAUUAACAUCCUUAUCAAUACAGGACUUCUGAGCUAUGCUUGAAACACUCUGUGUGUCAUCCAUGCAUGAUUCUGUCUUCUGGUUUGUCUCUGCUGGUUACGUCCUCUGUUGCGCUUCAGAUUUGGUGGUAGCUUCAGAAGGGAAAAUAAUUCUGCUGGUGCAGUCCCAAGUUUGGCUACUGCAUUGUUACUUGUAUUUAUUGCAAGAGCUAUGGGAAUAUUUUUACAGGUCCUUACUUUUCUGUCCUUACUGUUAAACUAAGAAGAAAAACUCUCCCUUUUAUCUGGGUUAAUUCUCACCUGCAGAAUUUCACAGAUGUUUUGGAUAUUGAUUUCAUAUUUCUUGGCUUGCAAAGGUGGAUCUCUCAGGUCCUAAAUAAAGUUGGGCAGAAACUUUGCUCUUCAAAAGAGGUAUUGUCUUAAAUUGUGUUUGAAUGGAAGGAGAACUUCCAUCUGUCAAAAAUAAUGUGACUUUACAGGUAGCAGCAAAAUCUACUACCUUUGAAAAACUGGAUUGUUUUUGUAAGGUGCAAGAGAAAUGUGAAAGCCAGAGCACUUGACUCUCUGAGCUCUGGAAAGUACAUCUCCUGUGGCUCUAGUUCAUUACUCGGGAGAGAUGUACCUCAGUUUUCUGCUUAAUUUUUGUCCUGCUGUUCUUAAGUUUGUCAAAAAUCCUUAAUAUUACCAGAGACCUUUGCAUUCAAACAGAAAAACUGAAUUCUGCAGCUGUACUGAAAUAGUAUCAAACACGUGAUUUUGGAAAACCUCUAAUACUUUACCAAUUAGGAAUCUGGUUUUAAGGAGCCAACUUAAUUCUUUCACAUGCCCUUGUCUAAACUGGCAAGAGGCCCAGGAGCAUCAGUAGAGUUACACUGAAAGAAGACCCUUGUGGGUGCUCAGCAUGGACCGUUCUCAGCACAAGCAAGCUCUGUGCACUCCGUUCCUACGCCUCCAAAGGGUGCACAGGACUGCUUAGCCUUGGUGCUGCUCUGCCAUGAUCCACUGUGCUGCAAACCUUGCAGCUCUUUAAAACCAGCUGGAGCUUUGCUGCUAUUUGCUGGUGCUUUUCCGUCACCAGCUGCUCCUUCUCUGUCAGCUUCAGAUGCUAUUUAGCCACGUAGUGAAGUGCUGCGUGUCAGUGCAGUGUUUGAUAGCUGCCAUCAGUACCAGUAUGAUGGUCUGAGAGCAUAUGUUUGUCUAAGUUAUUUUGUUUUCAUUUGCUUUUUGUUGCUUGCUAGAAGCAGGGACCAGCACUGCGAUGAUGCAUGGGGAAUGUGUCCGCACACUUGAACUGUUUGAUGGCCUCUGCUAACGCUGCCCAGUGCUUGUGCUGCUCUUUCUGCCCCUCUGUGCUGCUCAGUAGUCGUGUCUGUUGUGUGUCUGUAAUUUUCAAACAAAGUACUGUACGUAAGGCCGGAUCCAGAAGCCCCCAGUCAGCUGACUUUGGGUUGGGAUGUAGGUUGCUGUUGCUGCUUUUCCUCCUCCAUCUUAGACCCAGUUUGGAACAAAGCACAGGUGUCUGUAAAAAGUCACCUGUAACUCUACUUUGGGGUGUCAGUUUUGCAGGGUGUGCCAAGGGUGGAACAAGGAGAUCUUUUCUCUUGGUGCCCUUGCAUCAGGGCCGGGACUCCGCAGCAAUUCCUGGAGCGGAAGCUGCGCCGCACUGCGUGCGGACAUGGCUGGCUUGGGCAGAACAAAUUUGUUUCCCCUAUUUUAUAUUGUCAGGGCUGGGCUGGUCCCAUCAACUAUGUUCUUCAUUUGUUCUUGCAUCAAGGUAGUGUUGAUUUUUAGUUGGAGAGUGCAAUUUUUUUUUGUGUUUGGUUUUUUAAUAAAUAAAUUUGGUUUCAAGCUUCACACUGGCGUUUUACAGACCUGUUCUUGUCAGCAUAAGCCACUACUGUCCUGAGUUGAGACUCCUGUUUGUUACUGAAUUAAAAUUAUGGGAAUUAUGUUGAUCGUUUGGAAAGAAAUUAGAAAAUAAAUUAGAAGUAACUAUAUUGGCAGGGGGAGAGAUAGAUAAAAUAUGAGGAAAAAGAUGUUUCUAAUAAGGCCAUGAAUUAUUUGGUCUGACACUGCAGGUGCUGUCUCUGUAUAGAUGGUUUAAAUACAUCACUGCUCUGUGACAGGAUUUUUUGUUAUUGAGAAGAGUUGAUUUUUUUCAGUCCCUAAUAUACUAUGAUAAUCUGUAUCCUGAAGCCACCGAUCCACCAACAGAAGACAAACACGAGUUAUCUGCUUGUUGGAGUUGAGGCAGUUUGUGUGUCUGGGAGUUUGCAUACACCGAGGUUCAGCUGGUGGACUGGGCAAGCAUGGCUGUUCUAGACCUGUCCAUGUUGGCAGGAACAACCCGGUGCUAGUAGUGCUUCUGGAAAAAUGUUGGCUUUAGUGACCUUUCCCUGAUGCUCAGGAUUAUUUGGUUACAAUGGUACCUGUCCUGGUCCCUGUUUGGUGGAGGAGAAAAACAGGUGGGAGAGAGAAUCACUGUAAGAAAAGUUUUUAAAUAUAGCAUUUAAUAUUUAGGUAAAUAUUUCAGGUUUCUCCAGAUAUUCCCCAUCAAAGCUGUUACUGACUCUGUAUUUGAUGACUGAAAGAUAAGGAAAGUGGCAGCAUUCUCUGUGCAAACAGUUCUUUUGUGGUUGGAGUGCUUGUUCUUGAACUGCUUCUGGGUCACCAAGGAAGUAGUAAUAAAUAAACAAAAUCCCAUCAUCACCCUUGGGUGAUGACUAGACAGGCAUUGAAUUCUGUCCUGACACUGGGUCCCCCAGAACACAUUCAUUCAGUUUGUUUCUGUCCCCUUGAAGCAGGACAGAAAAGAAUAGUGCAGUCACUGGAGCUUAGCCUGUAGCAACUAGAAAACUGGAACAAAUAAAAAAGAAAAUAAAAAGAGACCUUUUUAAAAAUGAAGUAUUUCAGUGAAUAGCUGACUUAACUGCUUCCUGUCUUGGACUUUCGGGGAAGGAGGAAGUUAAAAUUGGUUCCACUUGCUAGGAGGAAUUUUUCUGUGUCAUGCUGAACAGGCUUGCUGAAAAGUCUUGCUCAUUACUCGUGAUGAGUUCAAACCUGGAAUAUUGCAAAAGCAAAGCACAUGUAGCAUUGCAAUGACUUUUUGUACUGAAGGUCCAAAGUGAGUGUUGUGGGGUCAGUAGUGUACAGAGUAAGUGCAUUUGUGCUGUCUGGCUGACUUGCACAUGCCAUCAGUUCCUUUAGUGCAGAUUUAAUUGCAGACAGCAGUGCUUAUUACUCUGCUAGCAGUGUUUAGGGAGGAUCAUGUAGAUGAGCCUCCUCACUUAAGGCUCAAUAUCAAAUAUCAUAUCAGGAGAAGUCCUGCCAGCAGCUUGAUUGAUUGCUGCUUAGGCUGAAGUUCAGAUGUGGGUAACUCCAGGAGGGUGUUGAAAGCAAACCAUAUCUCUGGAUAUAUCUCUGUUAUCUCUGCAAACCAUAGGUAGUGAGUUACUGGGAGCCUAAACCUGUUCAUGCAGGAAGGCUGAAAUUUGUUUGAGCUAUUGUGCUCCUCUGCAUUAGCAGAGCAAUGGCACAUGUCUGUACUGGAAGCUCCUAGAGGGUUUGCUGUCCCAAAGUUUUAUUUGACCAAAAAGAAAAAAACCUAUGGAUCUAGGCCUGGUCUAAGUGAAGUUUUGCAGUGGGUUUCUUGGGUGGUUGAUGUUCUUCAUGUGACCUUGAAAACUAGAUGCUGUUGUCAUUUCUGUGUUGGUGUAGAGCUCCUUUUUUUUUUAGUGGUUAGGUGGUGGGAAUGUACCUGGUGGAGCUUGGAAUCUUGGGAGAGUAUGUCGGUGACCAGAGGUAGAGAAAUGUGUGGCUGGUCUUAGUGUGUGUGUGGUCAAGUUGGUGACACUUUUUUGUCUUUUGUUUGUUUUGUUUUUAAUAUGGGAACCAAUUUGUCUGUUCUACUUUGGAAAAGGUCUAGAAGUUGGUGUGGUUUCUGUUGCAGUAAAUAUGAGAAGGAGUUAGCUGAGAGCUUUUUUUGUUUGUUUGUUUUUGGGGGGGUUUUUUAAGAGAGUUCAUGGGCAAGAGACCAUUUAGUUUGUUUUGGGUUGCAAGUUAAGCUAAGGAAGAAAAUGAGUCUGGGGAAAUCCUUUUUUGUGGUAACAGCUUUGGACCAUAUUUUGUUGUGGCCUCUGAUCCAGCUCCACUGAAGGCAGUGGAGUGAAUAUUGUUGAUCAUGUAGAUGUUAAAGCUUUUGGUCAUGAAUUAAUUCUUAGAGAGGUGACAGGUAUCUUGACAUUCACAGCAUGUCAUAACAAAUGUGAGCUAGGGACAGAAAUAAUAACUGUAGCUUCAAGCAGUGUUCAGUUUUUGUUUAAUGAACUUGAGAUGCUGACCAGUUGGGUAAAAACUGUUUGUACAAUGAACAACUCCUGCAAGGGUCCAGAUGUGCUUGAGUCUGUGAGAGUUUUUCCUAGGACAGGCAAUCAUAUGCAUGGUAAAAAAAAAAAAAGACUUUCUCAGUCGUGCCAGUAAAACUGAAAUCCAGUAAAGUGACACUUUCUGCACUCAACAGUAUCUUUUGCCAUUGAGGGAUUAGAUGCCCCAUUCUGUCUGAGCUGGCACAAAACAGACAUUUUUGUGACCAGUCCCUGAGUCUGUGUGUAAACAUUUGUAAAGACUGGAUGCAGAUUACAGUACUAGUUAACAAAAUGAGCAACUUUUCUGUGGGCCAAGACAAAAGAUGUAUUAUCAGUGAGGAAAAUACAGAUCUCCUUUUUGCCAAAUGACUCCCUAGAAAUUUCCCUCAAGCUUCAGCACAAAUCAGGUGGGACCUGUGAGGAUUUAGCUGAUACAUAUGGUACUGGGAGCCCGUUUCUGUGACUGGGACAACAGAAUUGUGGCUUUAUCCCAGCAAGAAAUGAUGAAAUCAUCAUAGAUCAAUGUUUUCAUUUGUUCUGGAUAUGACAGUGGUGGAGGGAAUGAGCUGUGAAAAGCAUUAGCUCCCCCUUAAUCCAGAUUUGCAGACUUUACUCAAUUGCAGUGCCCAGUCCAGAACUAUUUCAGAGCUGUCCUCGUGGCUGUGCCCUGUGUGGGACAGGGAAUGCACUCAGAGGGCUGCCCUCCUCUCUGUGCCAUGACCAACUGCUUGCUCAGAGAACUGCAAAACAAUGUAAAGUAAUUGAGGUUGGGGAUUUUUCCCUAGAGCAAUGUAUUCUAAAGCAGUGAAGUAAAAACAAGUGCUUGUUUGGGAAAUUUUAAUCAUGUCUCUCUAAAGGUGGAAACUCAGCAUGAGUCUCUCAACAGAGAAUAAGAAACACCAUCUGUCUUGGGAAAUGGUACAUGUGAAGAUGCAGAACAAGGACUGCAGAUUACUGUGUGUCUAAAAGUAGAUUUCAGCAUUUCUCUAUAGGCAUUUGUUAGAGCUGUUGUUAUUUUGGAACUGAACAGCAUUUAAUAAUGGUUAGUCAGGACUGCUCAAAAAUUCCUGCAGGAAAGCUUAAAGACAGUUUGAGUUCUGAACACUUAUAGGAGAGGGAGUUGUAAGAAACAUAAAAUAUGGCCAGGUGCUUUAUGAACCUAAUUUUUCUUCUAGGAUUAUCACACAUCCUUGGGAUUGUGUCCUGGCAUGCACUAGUGCUGGUCAGUGACAGCUCUUUGCAAGAAUUCAGAACAGUGCAUCUGAUGGGCAUGUGUGUAUUGGAAAAGAUGAGCCUAAAAAGGCCUUGGAGUAAAGAACACCUGAUAAAAGAACUCCUGAUUUGCAUGUUCCAGAUAUGCUGAAAUAACUUGCAUUGAGGCAACUUCAGCUCCUUCCAGGCAUCUGCCAUCACCCACCCUGGCAGCUCGCAGGUGGUGGAGGGUGGCAAAUGUUGGUGGGAAGGGAAAUUCAGGAUGCAUGCUGUCACUGCUCUUCCUGCUCUGUGCCUGAAGUCAGAGCUCUGCUGGGCCAAAGCAGGACCAGACCCUUGGCACAGUGUUUGCCAUGUCCCACAGGGCUCUGCCAAGCACGCUGAGUGACCUUUGCUGACCUGGGUGCUGCUGCCCAGCCAGGAUGCUCCCUCCUCCCUGUGUGUGGGACCCUGGGAGGUUGGGAGAGACUGCCAGAAUUUGAGAAGUGUUUUCUCAGAGAAAUUACAAGUUCUUGCAAUAUGAACCUCUAAUGCUUUCAAAGACUCAGGCAGAAAGGACUUGCUAAACAAACUGUACCUGUCAUCUCCCAGUUCAUUGAUUGCUUGGACCAAAGGUGGUGCUAAAUCUGAUCUUUGUCUGUAAUAUUUAUAUUUUGUUGAACUUUUUUUUUUUUAAGUGUUUGAUAAAACAGAUGCAGUGUCCUUCUUACAUGAGAAAUUUAGUCCCAGCUUGGGACAUGGCAAAGCUCCCUGGACCUUCAGGGCCCAGGAUUGUUGCCUGUUACCAUUUGAGCAGGCUUGCAGUGUUGGGGGGGAGGUGGGGAAAGGGUACUCUAUCUUCAAAUGCUUGCAGACUGUAAGAAUUGACUUGUGAUUUGUUUGUUUGUUUGUUGGUAUUUUGUUUACAAUGCCUCUUAUGCCCUAAGGAAAAAUAAAUUUUUGACCUUUUUAAUUGUGA